CCGGGCGCGGUGAGCGGAGCCGGAGGGAGGGGGUUCCUCGGAGCCCGGCGUUGCUGCGGGUCUGGUUCUCUCCCUGAGGAGAGGCUUUUCUCAGCAUGCAGUCCCUUUAGAUUUGGGUGUGAUAACCAAGCACAUCUGGCACGUUGGACUUCUGGCUUGCAUUCUUCUGUCAUCCUGCUUUUCUGAAGAACACACUAUUCCUUUGCCCUGGGCUUGAGCAGUAAAGAUCUGACUGCUGGUUGAACUGUUACCUCUUUGCUGUGAUGGAAAAGCGCUCAUCUAAAACAAGCCCCUUGUUAUGCUGCUAAAACUGCCUCUGAAUACAAGAUCUGUGGUGAUUGUUAAAACACAAACCCCAAAAUGUCGGAACCCGACCCCUCAUCUGGUUUUGUAGGAAACAUGGAAAAUGGGACUUUUCUGGAGCUAUAUCCUACGUCGCUUUCAACAUCUGUGGAUUCAUCAGCUGGCCGUUUAUCCAACGUCUACGUCUAUGUUUCUAUAUUCCUCAGUCUCUUAGCUUUCCUCCUUUUGCUAUUGAUCAUUGCACUUCAGAGGCUGAAAAACAUAAUUUCUUCCAGUUCCUCAUACCCAGAAUAUAACAGUGAUGCUGGAAGUUCUUUCACUAAUUUAGAAGUCUGUAGUAUUUCUUCCCAGCGGUCUGCUCUUUCAAACCUUUCUUCAUGAAACUAAAUGAAAGGGAAUAUAUAGGGCAUGGAGAAGCUUUGUCUAGUUUCUAGGGGAGGUAGUGCAUGCAACAUUUGCCUUAGGAGACGAUGAUGAAAAGGUGGCAUUUAAAGUUUAGUUUUUUCUUUCCUUUUCUAGUCUUCAUUUUCCCUUUUACUAAUGUUGAUUUGCAUUUUGGAUAAUGACUCUUAAUCAUUGUUUCAUGCCUGUAAUUGCGAUGCUUUUUCUCACACAUAUGUGGUGUUCAUUAGGAGUAUUCCUGCCAAACUGUAAUAUGGUUCUAAGUAGAUGUGUCAUUUUUUUCUGCUCUAGUUGUGGCCCCUUUCCUGGUUUUGUAUUAAUAAUACGCUGUUUUUCCUUUUUUAAUUAGAAAAGGAUAAAAUCUCUAUUGCAAAAGUAACAAAAAUGAGCUUAAAUUAUCAAUAUAGUUUGUGGGACAACUUAAAGUUGUUGACAUUGUUUCCUUUUUUGUUUUUCUUGUCUUUUUCAGUAUUUAUUGGUGUUUAUUGAAUGCAACUAAAAUCCAUCUCCUGAAGAAUGUUACAUUUAUUUAUUUGUACUUCCAAAUCAUUCUGGAUAAAGUUGUCUGUAUUUCAGUUUUUAAAUCUCUGAAAUCUUUGGUUAAAUUAGUAAAGCAACUACAAUAACUAUGGUCAUUGCUGAAUGUGUAGAGGUAUUUUUGGACUACACUGCAAAUAAUUUGCCUAACGAUUUAUUCCUCUGGGGGGCAGCUUUUGCUUCGGAAUCACACAUCUCACAAAACUCCUGUGCUGAUUGUGCAUCCUAUUGGUACAGGGUACCAGUACAAACCAAUGGCUUCUUUUAGGAGAUCCAUAUACUGUGACUGUAGCUAGUAGCUAAAUAGCUCCUGGAACCAUCCUUUCUUUAGGCACAAGAUGUUUGCAAAGCCAGCAGGAAUGGAAAUUAUUUGAUCUGGUGAGGGUUUACUGGGGUGGACUUUGCCUUAUAUUUCACAUAUGCACACUGGGGUGGAGGAGGGACAUGAGAUGUUCCAUUCAUAGGCAGAUCUGAGCUUUGACAAUAAAGAGGUGCAUCAUGUCCUUGCAGAGGGUUGGAAGAGUUAGGAAGGAGAAAGGCAGUGGCUCUGCUCCUUUUCUCCAUGAGCUUAAGGAAAGGCCAGAGAUGGAUGACUUUUCCCAACCCUGCUCCUUUUUGCUAUGCUGUAGUCUGGGUUAUGAUCCCCUUUGCCUGCAAUAUAAGUUAGCACUCAGUUUUUGCAGUCAGAUAACCAGCAUUAUUGUGAACAAGAGCCUGGAACCAGCUGUGAAUUAAAUUAUCAGAAAAAUUACUAACAUGCCAAAUGUGAUCUACCAGGAUUGCAGCCCCAUGCUGUGCUGUCUUAUUCCUUGCUGGCCUGAUUGCUGUGUGUGAGGAUAGCCUAGUCCUGCCAUUCAGAUCCAUGCAAAUGCUCCUCUGAUGGCACCAUGAUAGUCACUGGAGAGAUCAGAGGAAGGCUGUGGAAAUGCCACUGCUGUAUCUGUUCCUGGGGUAAGAGUGUGUACAGCUCUGGGUCACCAACAAGACACAUUAACUACGCAGUCUUUAAAAGAGAAAUUUAAAACUUCAGUGUAAAUACAGUCAUUAAAAACACAGCUGUUCAAUGCCAAACAACGUGCAAAUGGUGUUAGAGUUGCUGCUUUCAGUUUUUCAAAGUGAACCUGCAGUAUGUGGGUAAUUGUUAAUUGAUCAUGGCGUUGAUUAGCUCCUUACAAAGGACAAUGGACUUACUGACCAAGAGAUAAAUUAAGGCCACAGGAGCUCUGAGACAAACUGUUUUUAUAAAUUUUGGCUCUCAAAUAUUUCAUUCGUCUGGACAAAAAUUCCUUGUAGGUUACUUUUCACUGUAAUUGAUGGUAGGCCUGGGAAAAAGACUGUAGUAUUGAAAAGUGAUCAGCAAAGAUUAUUGCCAUUCAGAAAACUGUUCAAAAUCCCAAAUCUGUAACAGAAUGUAUUUGUGUGUUAACUUGGAGAUAAAAAUAAAUGAACU